AGCAACCAGGGACUGCUGAAAAUAGCACUUCUUUUUGCUUUCUUUGUAUUCAAAACUAUAUCCUUUCCCGACCGAUUCUACUGCCCCAGGUCCAAGUCUCUCCAGUCAGGAGCUCCAGCUCUCCAGAACAGUAACAGAUUUUAGCUCGCUUUUAUUAUUUUAUUUUUUAAAAAACUAAUUAUUAUUACAUUUUCUCCCCCUUGUUUGUUUGUUUUCUGCACAUCUUCAGGAAGCCCUCGGUGCUUGUGCAAAGAGAAGCUCCUAUUGCAACCUCCCUCCCUGCGCUGUGCACCUCGGUGUAAACAUUUUGGAUGAUCUAAAGACUCUGGGGUCUGUAUAUGGAAAUAGUGGGGUGCAGAGCAGAAGAAAAUACUUGUCCUUUCCGUCCCCCAGCCAUGCUUUUCCACGGGAUCUCCGGAGGCCACAUCCAAGGAAUCAUGGAGGAGAUGGAGAGGCGAUCCAAGACCGAGUCCCGCCUGGCCAAAGGGGGACAGAUGAACGGCCGAGAAACGAAUUUGCCCCCAAUGAGCCCCGAGAAGCCUGCUUUGUGUGCUGGUUGUGGAGGGAAGAUCUCAGACAGAUAUUACCUGCUGGCUGUUGACAAACAAUGGCACCUCAGGUGUCUUAAGUGCUGUGAAUGUAAACUGGCUUUGGAGUCAGAACUCACCUGCUUUGCCAAGGACGGCAGUAUUUACUGCAAGGAGGAUUACUACAGAAGGUUCUCCGUGCAGAGAUGUGCCCGCUGCCACCUUGGGAUCUCAGCCUCUGAAAUGGUCAUGAGAGCCAGGGAGUCGGUUUAUCACCUGAGCUGCUUCACCUGCACCACUUGCAACAAGACUCUGACCACAGGGGAUCACUUUGGCAUGAAGGACAACCUGGUUUACUGCAGGGCACACUUCGAGUCCCUUUUGCAAGGAGAAUAUCCCCCUCAGCUGAGCUACACCGAGCUGGCAGCCAAGAGCGGAGGGCUGGCCCUGCCUUACUUCAACGGCACUGGCACAGUCCAGAAGGGGAGGCCCAGGAAAAGAAAGAGCCCUGCCUUGGGAGUGGACAUCGUCAACUACAACUCAGGUUGUAAUGAGAAUGAGGCAGAUCACCUGGACAGAGACCAGCAGCCUUAUCCCCCAUCCCAGAAGACAAAGCGCAUGCGCACCUCCUUCAAACACCACCAGCUUCGUACCAUGAAGUCCUACUUUGCUAUCAACCACAACCCAGAUGCCAAGGACCUCAAGCAGCUUGCCCAGAAAACAGGCCUGACCAAGAGAGUUCUGCAGGGAGAACAAAUCAUGGGGCAUUACAGCCAAACAUCCCGACGUUUGAAAAUUCCCUAAAGUAUUAAAAGAAGGGGAAAAGUUUGAUCGGAAAUCCACUGCAGUUGAAGACAAAGACAAUAUUAGGUUAUGAUAAUCAUACAUUUAAAAAUCUAUUGAGCCAAAAAAUAAAAAAAAGACUUGAUGUCAUUUCCUGAAUGUUAACAAAACAUAUGUUAUUUUAUGGUGUCUAAUUAACAGAACUGAAGGCUUCAACAAAUUGUGUGGUAUUAAAAAUAAAUUUAGAGAAACUAUGUAUAAAACCAGAGCAACCUGGCAGCAAUCUACCCAGCCCAUAUUAGAAGAAAACUUUUCUUUAAAAAAAAAAAUCACAUUUGUCAAGCACAAGUACUUGUAAAAUAAAAUUUGAGUGCAUUCAUUCCACUUGCUUGCUAAUGUGUACUAGUCAUAUCUGUUAAAUGGCUUUUUGUAAAUUCAGAGAACUUUUCACUCAUUUGAGAUUAUAGGAAUCAAAACCCAGUAACUUUAGUACUAUUGUUUCUGAAGUUUCUUUGUUUUGUUUUUGUUUU